UUAUUAUUUUUUUUGUUUGUGUUGUUUGACUGACUAAGACCAUAGUUGAUCCAUAUCGCCUUAGUAAUUUAGCUAAUGUACGAAUUACCCAAAACACCAAAGCAGAACACACUGUCCAAUCAUUAUAAUACGUUUUGUACCCAAUCGGCAUAGUAAUUCUUCAAUCCGCUACUAUAAGAAUCACAAAUUGCUUUAGAAAACAACAAAAAAUUCUGGGAAUGCCGUGUGUAAUUCCCAAUUGUGAUUUGGAAAAACAAAGCUUCAGCAUACGAUUUCCACGGAGCCAUUUCUUAUACGAACGCUGGCGAGAGGCGAUCGAAUUGGGUUCAGGUUCAGCUCUUCCGGAUGAUAUUAGCCCGUUCCAAGCAGAGAUCUGUCAACAGCAUUUUGAUGAUGUCACUCAGUAUAGUGAACCGAAACAUUUCAGAAAUCAGAGUUUGGGCCAAGAAGUUACCCUGUCCAGCUGCAAGUUGUGUCUUCGAUUUGACUUUGCCGAACGUGUAAUGUCCGUUGGUAAGGAACAUGUGAUUGGAGGUGUCACAAUUGAAGAUUUACUUAAAACCUUCUUCAACAUUCAAUUGAACAAUAAUCUUUCUGAGCACUUGAACGGCAUUUGCGAAACUUGUGUUGCUCAGUUGGAUAUCGUUGUGUCUAUUCGCAAGCAGUUUAACCUAGGAGCGAAGCGUUUACAAAAGAUGAAUAUUUUUAUGAACGAGGAAAAUCGACGAAGACAUACAAAUUCACUAAAAGUGUCCAAAAUGCGGAAAGAGCAUGUUUGUGAUACUGAAAAGCAAACACGACCAGAAUCAUCAGAGACAACCGAUAUAUUGUUGGAAGUCGAGGUAGAGGUUAUUUCGGAGAAAAUGGUUGAUCAUACUAAUGGAACGUUGAUGAAUACUGACCGCGAUGGUGGAAACAAUCGCCUUACUCCUCGGAAAGUUAGUAAUCCUUCAAGUGAAACGGAUGAAUCGAGGGAAGUUAAAAUACAAAAAGCAAAAUCUAAAGGGAAUACUGUCGGAAAACGACGCAUUGGAGGGCAGCGAAAAAAAUCAAUCAAACUAGUAGAGGAAACAACCUUGAUGAAUACUGAGUGUGAUAAUGAGAACGAUUGCCUUGCUUCUGAGAAAGUUAAAAAUCAUGCUAGUGAGACAAAUAGAACAUUGACACUCAUAGCAAAGGAAGUCAACCUAGAGAAUGAAACAAAAUCUGAAACUAAUACUAUUGGAAUACUGUCAAGAAAAAAAUCAAUCCGAAAGGCAAGGAAGACUAUAUAUGUUAAAGAAAUGGUAGAACGGAAAUGCUUCAUAUGCGUCAAAUUAUUUCAAAAGCCUGAAGAAUUAUUUGAACACCUUUUAACUCAUGUCAAUCAUGAUUUGACCUGCAAUAUAUGUAAUGAAAUCUUUUCCAAUCUUACUAAGUACAAUCGACAUUUGGCAAAACAUGAUCCAAACGAUAGACCUUUCAAAUGUGACUACUGUGAGCUUCGGUUCGUUAAAAUAUCAGGUAAACGACGACAUGAACAGUUAUGUCAUGGCAUCGAUCACUCAGUUAUACUUUAUCCGUCAGCUAGUAAGCGAAGAGGAAAAUUUACGUGUCAACAUUGUGGAAAGCAGUGUUCGUCAUUGUACUGUCUCAAAGAGCACGAGGACGCUCACGAUGGUAUUAAAAGACACGAGUGUAGAUCCUGUGGCCACUUGUUCGCCAACAAAAACAACCUUGAACGGCACUAUCUAAUCCACACUUCAGAAAAACCUUAUAAAUGCCAAGUUUGUGGUAAGGCAUUCCGGCAGUCUCCCGCAUACAAAGAUCAUUUGCGGCUGCACUCAGGUGAAACUCCUUACGUAUGUAACAGCUGCGAUAUUCGAUUCACUUCCACCGUUCUGCUGCGGAAGCACGAAUCUCGUGUCCACGGAACACUUCCUCCGUCUAUAAAUAACAGCAUGUCUGUGCACCGACUGCACAAUCACUGCCGCUUUUGUCUGGACUCAUUCAAACGACACUCGCUACUGGUUGAACACAUCGAACGGCUGCAUCCAUGCGAAGAAAUCGAGUAUUUUCGUUGCACUAUCUGCGAGCAGCGAUUUGUCGUAGAGCAAGCAUUCGAUCUUCAUCUGCGUAAUCACGAGAAAAAAUUCCAGUGUGAAUCUUGUAACAAAGCUUUCAGCUCCCUAAGUGCGCUGAAAUUGCACCAACCAGUUCAUAGCGGUGUCCGAAGCUACUCUUGUAAAUUUUGUCCAAGGAUAUUUGCGAACAUGGGUAACAUGAAACGUCACGAGCUGGUGCAUACGGGAAUCAAGCGUCACGAAUGUGAUUUCUGCGAAAAACGCUUUGCGACAUCAACUCAGUUGCACACACACCGGAGGACACAUACUGGAGAAAAACCAUUCGAGUGCCAAAAGUGCGGAAAACGAUUUUCUGAUAACAGUACAUUUCAUAAGCACAGCAAAAUCGUAUGCAAGACCAAGUGAACCUAUAGAUUAUUUGAGUUACAAUGUAUUAGAAUAAGCUCGCUUGGCAAGUUCAUUUGGAUUUUUAAUGACGUAUGACUUUCGACAAACAAGAAAACUAAUACUAUUUUUGAUUCAUAUUUGUACACAUGUUUGAUCCGAAACGACAUCUUUUAACAUCAAGACAGUUUAUUGCGCUUUUCGAGAAAGCUUCACGGGAUCUCGCAUUAAAAAUUUCAUCGUAUCUCCGGCCAUAUGCAUAAUCAAGAGCAUUUCUUCCUUCAAAGCUUCAAUCUCGUCCAAAUAAACAUCGUUCUGGUCCUGGAGUUCAGUCAGCUGCUUUUGUUUUUCGUCAAGAUCCCUAGUGAAAUGAUGGAAACAUAUACUACAUCGCAUGGAAAACAAACUAAAUAAAUUACGUGACAGUUUUCCUUUCA